CAAACAUUUGUUGUGGCUCUGUUUUCUUAGAAAUCUACGAUAACAUUUCUUGUGAUGGCUUUUUCAACAUGAAUGCCAUGCGUAUUCAAACGACUUUUCCGCCAAUUGGUACUUUUACUUUGGAUUCGACUUUGGGUCCACCACCGGGGCAAUCGCAGAAUCAACAGUCGAUUUCUCAACAUCCACCACCGAUUGGGAUUUUCGAUGCCAACGAAGUUCCAGAAGUUAUUCAAAACCCGGCAACAAUCGGUGUGUUCCAAUCAAAUAGCGUUCUGAACAAUGGAGGUAGUGGUGGCGGUGGCAAUAACUCAUCGUCCAUCUUCAGCUCACAAUCGAGCUCUUCUUCAGCUGCCAAUGAUCCAAGUCAAGCAACUCGAGAGACUGGUAUUAUUGAGAAACUUUUGCAUUCUUAUGGAUUUAUUCAGUGCUGUGAGCGUCAAGCACGUCUAUUCUUUCAUUUCUCGCAAUUCAGUGGCAAUAUAGACCACUUAAAAAUCGGUGAUCCUGUCGAAUUUGAAAUGACCUAUGAUCGUCGGACUGGUAAACCAAUAGCCAGUCAAGUUUCGAAGAUAGCACCGGAAGUGGUAUUGUCAGAGGAACGUGUUACUGGCACCGUAACCACAGAACUACGCACUGAUUGCGCUAACAAUUUGCUCUCUUCGAGCGAGACUACCGGCCGCAUCAGCUAUGAAAAUCGUGGCGAGUGUUUUUUCUUGCCAUAUACCAAAGACGAUGUUGAAGGAAAUGUCAAUUUACGUGCCGGCGAUAAAGUCAGCUUCCAAAUUGCAACUAACCAAAGAGGAAACCUUGGUGCUUGUCAUAUCCGUUUAGAGAAUCCGGCACAGCCGGUAAAAUACCGCGGUGUUGUAUGCUCAAUGAAGGAAUCAUUUGGAUUUAUUGAGCGUGCAGAUGUAGUGAAAGAGAUUUUUUUCCACUUUUCUGAAGCUGAGGGAAAUGUUGAGUUGCGUCCUGGCGACGAUGUCGAAUUCACCAUACAAACACGUAAUGUGAGUAACAUAUCUGGCCGUGAAUUUGCUUGCAAUAUAACACGCUUAGCACCCGGUUCUGUUAUUUUUGAGGACGUGGAUACCACUAUCUACAAAGGACAAGUUUUAAAGCCACUUGACCGCAAUAAUCCAGCUCGUCAAACCAAUGAUCCCUUGCCCGGUCGGAUACGUUAUCGUGCACCAGAUUAUUCCGAAGUUGAAGUACCGUUCGGCGAUAAGGAUCAAAAGGGAGAUUUUACUUUGCGACAUGGUGACUGGGUUCAGUUCUUACUUGCGACUGACAGACGCGAUCAAUUGCAGCGUGCUACUUCGAUUUCUUUACUCGACGAAACCUUUAAAGUAUCUGGUGAGAAGCGUGAACAAGGUGUAGUUGCUUCGCUUAAAGAAGGUUUUGGCUUCUUGCGUUGCGUUGAACGCAAUUUACGUUUGUUUUUUCACUUUACGGAAGUGUUGGACACUAGCCGGGAAAUAGCUGUAAAUGACGAAGUUGAAUUUACUGUCGUCCAAGAACCCGGUGUUCCCUACAAUACUUCUCGUUUACAUGCCAUUCGCAUCAAGCACCUACCACCCAACACGGUGCAGUUUGAAAUGUUAAUGGCAAGUAACAUUGAAGGCUCUGUUACACGCGAGGCUCCUAAAAGCCCAGUUAAGUCCCAAGAUCGCGUUGAAGGCGGUGUGAUCACUUAUGAUCACGGUGAUGUCAAAAAGACUAUAAUGUAUUUCCUUAAAGACUGCGAGAAACCACCAAGAAUUGGAGAUCGUGUACGAUUCGAUAUCUACUUGGUAAAACGAAACAAAGAGUUCAUUGCUGUAAAUGUACAGCUUAUAGGGCAAAUGCAACAGUUACACCAGCAACAGUUGCAACAACAACAACAACCACAACCACAACAUAUGUUAACCAAUACAACGAACCAACUACAACAACAUCAACAUAUGCAUAACCAAAACAAUGAGCAGAUGCUAUUGUCCAAUGGUGUCGGGGUUGGCCUUGGUGUCGGCGUCGGUGUUGGUGUUGGCAUGAGCGCUGGGGGUAAUAGUGGUGGUAUGUUGCUGCCACCGCAAAACGGAUACUUACCAAUGGCCAAUUCCAAUCAGCUGCUAUCCACACCAAAGAUUGAAGACUUCAAAUUGGACAAUAAUAACUUGUCAAUGAACGAACAUGGCCAAACUUACCGAGGCUUUAUUGCUGUCAUCAAAGAAAAUUUUGGAUUUAUUGAGACGCUUUCACAUGAUGAGGAAGUCUUUUUCCACUUUAGCAAUUAUGUUGGCAAUCCAAACUGGUUGGAACUUGGCCAAGAGGUUGAGUACACCCUAUCGCCGAAUGGCAACACUUCCGUUUCGGGUAAUUGCUUGCCCGCUGAAAAUGUGCGCACUCUACCAAGAGGCUCUGUACCGCAACCAGCCGUCUUAGAGGGAAUACACAAUGGAGUAGUAGCACGCCCUUUACGUUGCAUUAAUCCCGAUCAGCAGGAGUAUGCCGGACUCAUUGAAGUGUUGGAUGAAACUAAACAGAGUGUUUUGUCGCAACACGAAUUUGGAAUUACCAGUUUGGUAAAUAAGCGUGAUUUACUCCAAAAAGGCGAUUUGGUAACUUUCAAAAUAGAUGAAAUCGGCCGUGCAGCUGAGAUAAAUGCCGUACGUCAAAAGAAGCGUGCAACUGUUGAUUCGAUUAAAGGCCAAUUUGGAUUUCUCAAUUACGAAAUCGAGGACGGCAAGAAGCUCUUCUUUCAUAUGUCCGAGGUUCAAGGAAAUGCUGUCGCAUUACACCCAGGCGACACAGUUGAAUUCUCCGUGGUUACCAAUCAGCGCAACGGUAAAUCGUCAGCUUGCACUGUGCUAAAGAUUAACGAUCGUCCAGACCGUUUGAUAUCCCGCCUUAAGUUAAAUGCAGACGAUACUGUGCCACGUCUAAUCAUCACUCGAGCACCACGCGGACCACAAAGCAAAGGUUUCUUGCCACAGGCACGUAUUGCACGCAUUCCAGGAAUCACAAUUGAAUAAACAGCAGCAUUGACAAAAACCGAACUCGAAAGCUCAACACUUCGUGGUGAAAUAUCCGCAUUGACAUAUAAAAUAAAUGAAUAAACAGAAAUUGAGGGUGCAGGAUAAGCGGGGGAAGAGACAUGGAUAUUUUAUUUAACACAACUUAUAGUGUACUAAGGCAGUUGAAUUGCAGUAAGUUAAAGAAUUAGAAGCUAAUGAAAAGAAAAGCGUAAAGCCUCAUCUCUUCCUCAGAAAUAAAAUAAAUAUGACAUAUUUAUU